AUGUUGGGCGCUACUGCGGCGCUACUGCGUGCGGUGCCGCGCGGCGUGCAGCACCGGCAUUUUGCGACAUCGCCCGGCGCAGUAAAGCUUGCGUACGAUGUAGCGCCUCCGGGAUCGGCGCGCGGCGUGUCGGAAAAGACGAACGCGGUUGUUGUCCUGCACGGCCUUUACGGCUCGCGCCGCAACUGGCGCUCGAUUGCCAAGCGUGCUGCGCACAUGCUUUGCGUUCCCGUCUACUCGCUCGAUCUGCGCAACCACGGAGAGUCGCCGCAUGCAGAGACAAUGACGUACGAGGACAUGGCUGGCGACGUGCAUGCAUUUAUCCAGGAGCAGCGACUAAACAAGGUCGCCUUGAUUGGCCACUCGUUGGGCGGCAAGGUCGCCAUGACGCUUGCGCUUAACCCUGCGGUGCCGCAAGGUACCCUCUCGCACAUGAUCAGCGUCGAUAUGUCGCCGUCGCAGGGUGCGAUUUCCCCCGGGUUUAUGGCGUACAUAAAAGCCAUGAAGGAGAUCGAGCGUGCGAAUGUGUCGAAGCAGAGCGAUGCGCAGGCGAUACUUUCACGGACGGAGCCUGAUCCCGACGUGCUCCAGUUUCUGCUUACCAACCUCUUGCCGGGCGCGCCGAAACGCUUCCGUUUGCCGCUGGACACGCUGCAGCGCUCGCUGGAGGGCGUCGGGGCGUUUCCUUUUGCGCAGCCGGGGGCGGACGAUGGGCGCGAGGUGCGGACGUGGGAUGGCCCUUCGCUGUUUAUCAAAGGAAAAAAGAGCAAGUACUUGAACCGGCACACGAUUGCACUGGCCAAGGAAUACUUUCCGCACAUGCAGCUUGCAGAGAUGGAUACAGGGCACUGGUGCCAGGCCGAGGACCCAGCCACGUUUCUUGACUACAUCCAGCGCUUUUUGUGCGGCGACCCAGUGUCGUGA